AUGGCUCUCUACUCGACGCAGCAGAUUUUGCUGUUCGUCUGGGAUGAGGUAUAUGUUGAAGCCGUGCUCCUACUCUGCUUCUGCAUUGGCUUUUUCCUCAUCCGAAUGGCCCAGCAGAAGCUGCUGCGUCCGUUUGGUGCAGUGAAGUGCCCUUCGCCGAAAGGCGAUGCCGGCAACGGCCGCCGGAUCUUGACCAGUCGGAGGUUGGACACCCCACAACCUCUCCCUCAGCUGCAGACGGCCCUGCGCGAGCAGAAUGCGACUGCUGCUGCCGAGGCAGCAAGCACCCUACUGUCCACGGCGUCUCCGCCGCCCUCGCCUUCAGACUUGGCCUUACUCUUCGAGCUGCUUCGCCGAAACCACGGUCCAGAGGCUGCCGCCAAGAUGGUGAAGAGACUGCCGCAUGGGCCGCAUGGAGAAUCGACGAUUUCGAUGCGGUCUAUGGCAGCACUGGCGCAGGGUGCCGCCUUGGCUCGCGAUGGCAGCGUAAUGCUGGAGGUCGUCCGCUUGAGCCGAGAAGCCGCAGUGCAGCUGCCGCCCAGUGGCUGCGAGGCCCUUCUGCGUGGCUUUGCAAGCUGCGGCGAUGUGGCUGGGCACCGCGAGGCCUGUGAGGCCUUGCUGGCGAACCUCUGCCCCUCAGAGGCAGUCCUGUGUGGCACCAUUGCGCUCUGCGCUACUUCGCAGGCUGUUCGUCUUGCGGAGCAGUUUGCUGCUUUCGGCGUGGCCAGGUACGGGCCCAGCCUUCCGCUGUACAGCUCCCUGCUCAAAGUCUACAGCCAAGCGAAGCUCUGGGACAAAGCCUGCGAUCUCCAGAUGGACUUCCAAAGAGCAGGCAUCACGCCCGACACCGCAACCUACGGCGCGUUGAUCAAGGCGGCCGUUGAGGGUGGCCGCCAAUCCUUAGCGAGGCACCUUUUCCAGGAGUCCAAGAACCCUGACGUCAUGAACGUGAUGUCCAUGAUCCGCUCAGCCGGCCGGGACAGGGACGUUACGAAGGCUCUGAGCCUUCUGGGAGAGCUGGAGAAGAUGCCAGAGCAACUUGAUGCGACCACCUACAACUGUGCAUUGGAGGCCUGUGUGGUCUGCGGUGACCGGAAGGCAGCCGAGAACCUGAUGCAGAAGAUGACGAAGGCUGGUCAUGUCGAUGUCGUCUCAUACAAUACGUAUGUGAAGCUCCUCCUCAGCUUGCAAGACCACGCUCAGGUGAAAAGGACCCUGCAGGACAUGCGCAGCAGGGGGAUCCAGCCCAACGUGGUAACCUACAACUCCCUCAUCAAGGCUUCGCAGCAGAAUCUGCGGCAAGCGUGGCAACUGGUGCAGGAGAUGCAGAGGGCAGGCCUGCAGCCAGACGCCUUCACCUGUUCCAUCCUUGCUGCAGGCCUGCGGCACUCUCCAACGCCGCAUGGGCUGGACCAAAUCCUGGAGCUGAUGUCCAAAGGCAAGAUUGUGCUGGAUGAAGUGCUUCUGAACUGCCUGUUGGAUGUCUGUAUCCGGCUGAAAGAGCCUUCGCGACUGCCUGAACUACUCGGCCGUUGGGAAACAACUGGUCUCGCUCCCUCGCCCCACGCCUGCGUGAUGCUGAUGCGCGCCCAUGGACAUGCAAGGAAUCUGCCAGAGGCCUGGCGCCUCUGGGGGCGGCUGCUGGCCGACGACAGGACGCUGACGGAGGAUGCCUUCAUGAGCAUGGUGGAUGCUUGCCUUGCGACCUCGGAUGUGAAGGCUGCCUUGCGCGUUUUCAAGGAAUCUCGAGCGUGGCUUGCGGGCUUUCCACGAGCCGCCGUGGCCUUCGCGCUGGCCGUGAAGGCUGCGACACAGUCCCAGCAGCUCGUGGCGGCAGUGGAGCUCUACGAGGAGACGAAGGGCGUGCUCCGGCUCACGGCGGUCACGUACAACACGCUGAUUGAUGCACUGGUACGGGCAGGAGAUCUAAAACGAGCCAUGCAACUGUUUCGAGACAUGGCCCGCCACGAUCCAGGACCUGAUCUCAUCAGCUUCUCCAUCCUUAUCAAAGGCUUUGCGAGUGCCGGAGAUCUCGAGAUGGCCAUUUUGCUCCUCGGCCAGAUGCAGGGCCUGGGGAUCCAACCUGACUCGAUCCUCUUCAACUCCAUCCUGCAUGGCUGUGCUCGGAGUCAGCGACGUGCUCUGACAGAGGAGGUGCUUGGUGACAUGGAGAAAGCUGGGGUGGCGCCUUCCAACUUCACAGUGUCCAUCCUCAUCAAGCUUUACGGCCGCUGCGGGGAUCUGCAGGCGGCCCUUGAUGUCCUUGACGACUAUCCGAAGCGCUUCGGAUUCCGACUCAAUGCGCAGGCUUACACCUGCAUGAUGGCCACUUGCAUCUGGAGUGGUGACUUGCCGAAGGCUUUCGAGUCAUACCGGCAAAUGCUCGAGGAUGGCUGUGAAGCAGACGGGAAGACCUUUGACACCCUUCUCAGCGGCUGCGUGAAGUACGGGGAGGCCGUGCGGGCCGCUCAGGUCUUGUCCGAUGCAAUGGGUUCUCCGAGUGUCCGCCUGAACCGGGAGACUUUGGAGUCGGCCGUGAUCAUGGCCCACAGCAAGAGCCGAGACGUGGCCGCUGAGAUGCUGGGCUGCAUGACCGCCGCCGGCCUUCAGCCGUCCUCACGCCUGCGACGCCUGACCGCUGGCAGCUCAAGGGACUCAAAGGACGAUUCCCUUCCGCUCCCUUCGAGCCCGCGGCGGCGCGGCGGCCGAGGAGGGAAGAAGCUGGGGAAGGAAGUCUCGCCUGACCUCCGCCCCUAA